UGGUAAUCUAGAGUUGAUGAUAGGUUCACUGGGAAAAGGGUUGGCAUUUUACAAUGAAAGCAUAAAGUACAUAUAGAGUCCAAAUAAAAAAGACCUGGAUAUAUCAGCUUUGCACAUUUCCUGUUCUAGAAUCAUCACAAGAGAAAAAUAAGUUGUGCUAAAAGAUUGUGAGCCCUCCUCCUAACAUGAUGCCGAAUGCUAAAGGCAUGUCCCAUAUCCUACCCAAUCACGUUCUGAGAGUGGGUCAAACUAUACGUCUGGACCCAGAACAGGAGACGGUGACUCCGUGUUCACGGCCAAGCAAGCCCAGCAGUCACCUUGGCAACAUGGAUCUGGACAUUUCUCUUGAUAAUCUCAACCAGCUAAUGCUUGAACUGGAUCCAACCUUUGAACCAAUUCAGGCCAACAAAAACCAUUCGUGCAUCAGUCCAGCUGCAGAAGGAUACUGCUCCAAACCCACAGUGUCUCCCAGUAUCCCCAUCCCCAGACCUGUCAGUGUCAGCUUCAGUCCCUCGAGCACGCUGGUCUUUGCUGACUCCCCCUCCUUUUCCCGGCCUCUACUGCCAUGUGGGGGUGCACCCAAAAGAAAUCCCCCAAUGAGGCAUGACAUAUCGUCUUCUCAAGGGUCCCUUCGCUUGUCCUAUUCAAAUAGGAACAGUGCAGCCUCACUACUCUCGACAUCAACAUGUUCAGAUACCAGCUACAUCCUGGGAAGCACCCUGUCUUUGGCCAGUGAAGAUGCAGAAGGGUCAUUCGUCUCACUCAGUGAUGGGUACAGGACAAGGCACUCUAUGACCCAAGAUGGGUCAGAUAAGCGAGGACAGGAGAUGCCAAGCAACUGCUCAAUGAGUAGUCCUGAGCUGUCGCUCUCUGGUUCUUUUACUGAUAUUCCACUGUUGCUCAUCAAUGGCAUACCACACCAGGACAACAAGAAAUCUCCUACAACGGAUGACGAAGAAGUACAGAAGCCAUUUGUUCAUCACGGCCAUUUAGGUGGGAAUCAGUCAUCAAUGAAAUUUGUUAUGGACUCUUCAAAGUUUUGGUUCCGUCCGCAUAUAAGCAGAGCAGAAGCUGAGGCCUUUGUGAAGGACAAAGAACCAGGAACAUUUGUGGUGAGAGACAGUACUACAUACAGAGGAAGUUUUGGUCUUGCCAUGAAGGUUGACCAUACAGUAACUGGUUCUUCAGCAACUGCAGAUAUGGGAGAGAGCAGGUCUCAGUUUGUCAAACACUUCCUUAUCGAAUCAACAGCAAAGGGUGUUCGCCUCAAAGGCUCUUCUCAGGAACCGUACUUUGGAAGUCUUUCUGCUUUGGUGUACCAGCAUACUAUUUCCACUUUUGCUUUACCCUGCAAAUUGCUGCUCCACUCCCAAGGGCAAGGUGGGGAAGAAGGUAGAACAACAGACAAAUCACCCUCAGAGGAAAAGAAAGGAACGGCCUGCAAUUUCAUCUACCUGAAUGCUAUCCCCACUGAGAUGUUGACAGGACCUUGCGCAGUCGAGAGGGCGGUCUCCACAACACUCCAACUGCCAUCAGGCUCCUUUGAACCUGUCAUAGUCAACCUGAAAGUGUCUUUGAAGGGCAUCACACUCACAGACAUCAACAGGAAGCAGUUUUUCAGACGUCAUUACCCCGCUCACCUGCUUAGCUAUGGUGGAAAUGAUCCAGAAGAUCGAAGGUGGAGAAAAGGUUCACAUUUUGGUGCAAGGAUGUUUGGCUUUGUGGCAAAAGGUGUGGAAGCUGGCAUGGAGAACAUCUGCCACAUCUUUGCUGAAUAUGACCCUCUACAGCCCUGCAGUGCAGCUGUCAAUGUUAUUCAGGCUAUCAUAGCCAAAUAAUAGGUGCGCCAUACUGAAAAAACAGCAAACAUUACUUUGUACAGACUUUCCAUAUUAUGUAUAUUUUCAGGUUACUACUAAUGCAGUGGUUCUUAACCUGGGUUCGAUCGAACCGGUUCGGUUUCAGGGGUUCGACAGCGACUCCACUGAGGAGGUCCGAACAAACCUGAUUUAUUGUGUAAAUUCUGAUUUGCCAGUAUGUUAUUUGUUGUGAGUUCAUGCAUUGUGUUGGUUUCGUUCGUUGAACAAGGUAAUGUUCAUAAAUGGCUAGUUUUGUGCACCAGUAAAAAACUUAUAUUUCUUGAAUU